AUGUCAAAGGAGGGGAAGGAUAGUUCGACUGGCACAGAGACUGUUUCACUACUUGGUCUGUUCAGGUUUGCCACAAAGCUCGAGGUUUUCCUGAAUGUCCUUGGGUUUGGAGCUGCCAUUGCAUGUGGGAGUGCGACGCCGUUCAUGAGCUUGAUUUUCGGAAACCUUAUUGAGAGUUUCGUCGCAAUUGGGCAAGCACAGACAGGAGGGAGUGGAGCCAUGGACCUUCAAGCAAUCGCGGAUGACUUUCGUCAUACAGCUCGUCUCGACGCACUCCGGCUAAUCUAUCUGGGGCUGGGCACCUUCUCCGCCGCCUUUCUCUGCAUCGCACUCUGGUCGUACACGGGGACAGCCAUCUCAUCACGCGUCCGCGAGCGGUACUUCCGUGCCGUGAUCCACCAGGACCUCUCGUUCUACGACGACAUGACGGCGGGAGAGGUUGCGACGCGCAUUGAGAUCGACGCACGGCUGGUGCAACAGGGGAUUUCGGAGAAGUUCGCGUUCAUUGCGUCGUACACGAGCUCGUUCAUCACGGGUAUCUCGAUCGCGUAUUCGCAAUCCUGGAGGCUGUCGCUGGCGCUGAGCUCGAUGCUGCCGUGUAUUGUGAUUGCUGGGGCAGGGAUGACGAUCUUUGGGUCGAAAUAUUCGAAAUAUUCCAUGGAUGCACUCUCUAAAGCUGGUGGAACGGCACAAGAAUCACUAUCAACCAUCCGCACAGUCCACGCAUUUGGGGCAGAGAGGACCCUGGGCGCUGUAUACGAUGCCUUUCUCAAGCGGACCUGCACGUUCGACAUCAAGUUCUCGCAAGUGAUCGGUGUCGGGAUGGCCCUCUUCUCGAUGAUCGUCUACUCGUCUUACUCGCUUUCCUUCUACUUUGGAACGACGCUCCUCCUCCAGGGCCAUGGCGAUGCUGGCACAGUUGUGACGGUUGGCCUAGCAAUUCUCAUCGGGUCAUUUUCAUUUGUGAUUGUGGGCCCAAAUAUUGAAGCGGUGAUGCAUGCUAGGGAGGCUGCGUACCGCCUCUACAAGGUCAUCGACCGAGUACCCCUCAUCGAUUCCGAAAGCCCUUCUGGUGAUCGACCAGCCCAAGUCGAGGGUGGCAUCGUGUUUCGCGAUGUUGAUUUCGCCUAUCCAUCGCGGCCCGACGUCCCGGUUCUCCAACAUCUCAACCUCACAUUCCCAGCGUCCAAGACCAGCGCACUCGUUGGACUCUCUGGCUCUGGCAAGUCGACAAUCGUGUCCCUCAUCGAACGCUUCUACGACGUUGCUGGUGGGGCGGUUCUAUUCGAUGGGGUGGACAUCCGGACGUUGAACACGAAGUGGCUGAGAGCACAGAUCGGGGUAGUAGCACAGGACCCGGUCCUCUUCGCUGCUACUAUCCGGGAGAAUGUUUCAUUGGGACUGCUGGGGACGGUGUAUGAGGAGGCCGAGGAGGAGAAAAAGGUCGAGCUAGCGAAGCAGGCGUGCAUGAAGGCUCAAGCGCAUGACUUCAUCAGUGCGUUGCCGGAUGGCUACGAGACGCUGGUUGGAGAUGGCGGUAUGCGUCUUUCUGGAGGACAGCGCCAGCGCAUUGCUAUCGCUCGCGCCAUUGUGUCUGAUCCCAAGAUAUUGUUGCUUGAUGAGGCUACGAGUGCUCUUGAUACGCAAUCGGAGGGCAUCGUGCAAGCUGCGUUGACAGAAGCAUCGCAGGGACGUACCACUGUGGUCAUCGCCCACCGACUCUCAACAGUGAAAGAUGCCGACAUCAUCUACGUUAUGGGCAGCGGGACAGUCCUCGAAAAGGGCAGCCACCACGAACUCAUAAGCAACUCGCAAUCGCACUACGCCCAACUUGUUAGCGCACAGCAACUCGAUCGAGGAAGUCAGUCACCAGACUCCGAGCAUGGGGGAGCAACCGAGAACGACACUCUUGAGCAGGACGACUCAGAGGAUAAGCUCAAGGAAAAGUUUGUCGAUGAGGCUAGUGUCCAAGUCUUUCAACAGGAACGGGUAGAUGCGUCUAAAGUGAAGCCUUUGGGCUCGUUCUCGUUGAUCCGGGAGAUCGUAAGGCUCACUCCCGAUACAACUGGGAUGUAUCUGUGGGGUACUUUGUUUGGAGCCCUUGGUGGCCUGGUUCAUCCAGCCUUUGGAAUCGUCUACGCCAAGGCCCUGCGCGCCUUUGAGAACAGUGAUCGCCAAAUCCUUCGAACUGCAGGCAGUCAGAAUGCGCUUUGGUUAUUCCUCAUUGCGAUAUGUUCGACCCUCUCCCUUGCCAUCCACAACGUGCUAUUCGGAAGAGCCGCUAUGAUCCUGGUCGCGAGGCUAAGGUCUCUUAGCUUCAAGGCGCUGCUACGGAGAAACGUAACCUUCUUUGAUCGGGACGAGAACAACCCAGGCACUCUGACUGCUAACCUCGUUGGUGGUCCAGAGAAGAUCAAGGGUUUCACGUCAAUGACGCUCGGCGCGAUCUUGCAAUGCAUAUCGUGUUGCAUCGGAGGAGCUAUCAUCGGUCUCAUCUUCGGGUGGAAGUUGGGGUUAGUCGGAAUAGCCUGUAUGCCCCCCAUCGUCGCAACAGGUUUCCUACGGCUACACAUCGUUUCAGCCAAAGAGAAAGCCAGCAAGGAGGCACACAACCAUUCAGCACAAGUCGCCUCUGAAGCUGUAGUGGCCAUCAGGACGGUCGCAUCCCUCACAUGCGAGGACUAUAUGUGCUCGGUAUACGGACGGACUCUAUACGAACCUGUCUCAGUGUCGCAGGUCCUCGCGAACGGGGUCAGCAAUGCAGUGUUUGCGUUCUCGCUCUCCGCUAUCUUGUUUGCUGUGGCGCUUGUCUUUUGGUAUGGUUCGCGACUCGUUGCAUUGGGCGAAUAUACCACCUUCCAGUUCUACGUCUCGUUCAUGAGCACGGUCUUCGGCUCUUGGAAUGCAGCCAAUGUCUUCCUCUCCGUCCCCGACAUAUCCUCCGCGUUUGACGCUGCUCAAGAUAUUGUGGCGCUUAUACACGCCUCUAAAGAACCUGCUUCCUCCAAAAGUUCCUUGGAAAAGGCAGCCACCAUCGAUGGCAAGCUCGUCCUGCGCAACAUCUCCUUCCGAUACCCUUCACGGCCUGAGGCUCUCGUCCUGGACGACUUCAAUGUCGAGAUACCCAAGGGAGCCUACGUUGCGUUCGUUGGGCCUAGUGGGUCGGGGAAAAGUACUAUAAUUCAAUUAAUAGAACGCUUCUAUGACCCUUCGUCUGGCACACUAUAUGUUGACGAUCGACCUGUAUUACAGUACGGAGUCGAUGAAUAUCGAAACAACAUCUCUUUAGUUUCUCAAGACACGAGACUGUAUAGCGGGACCGUCAAGUUCAACAUCGUCCUCGGGUCAUCUCUACUGCCUGGAGAAAUAACAGAUACCCAAAUUCGUGAGGCAUGCCGUCUUGCGAACAUCCUCGAGUUCAUUGAAUCUUUGCCCAUGGGCUUCGAGACUCAAGUUGGCGAAAGGGGUUCUCAGUUGUCUGGAGGUCAAAAGCAGAGAAUCGCGAUUGCCCGCGCUCUCAUCCGCAACCCGAAGAUUCUACUGCUAGAUGAAGCAACGUCCGCCCUCGAUGCCAAUUCCGAGCUUGCUGUUCAAAAGGCUCUAAACAAUGCUGCGAUGGGCAGGACGACGGUCGCGAUAGCACACCGACUGUCAAGUAUACAACACGCGGACUGCAUAUACUUUAUCCAACACGGUAAAAUGUGCGAGUCCGGGACGCAUAGCCAGCUGCUGGCGAAGCGUGGAAAGUAUUUCUCUUAUGCCCAGCUCCAACAAUUAGGUGGACAGUAG